UUUUGUAUUCCACUGAUAUUGCAUUAGGUACUACCUCACCUCACCACUCCACCACACCCAUGAGCAAUCACCACCAGGCUUAUCAACGGACGCCUCGUGGCAGCCGAAGUGGGCGAUCAUCGAUUCGCCAUGAGGACGAGGCACCGGGGGAGAACCUGCUGAUCGGAGGGGACAAGAUCCCCUUCGUUGAUUCAGCGGACGAGGAGGAGGGCUCCUUUGGUGGAUCUCGCGGCAGUCGCGGAACGAUCGGCAACGGUGACAGUAGUGGUAAUUCAUCGGACACCGAAGACGGGGACAGCGACGACGUGAUGACCGAGAGCCAGGAGAACCUGGCGCUGGCAUACGUCAAUCGGUCGCUGGCGGAACGUCGCAACCAGGACAAGCUGACCGUUACGAUCGAGCACGAGCGGAAGCCGACCGCGGAUGCACGGAAGAAUGAGUUCACCGAGGAAGCCAAGGAUCAGCCGACGGACCUCAAGGCGAGGCAUGAACGGGCGGUCGGCCUGCGGCGGAACUCGAUCUCGAUGCCGACGCUGACGGCGGAAGAUCUGGACGCGCUGCACCAGUCCAGGAUCGAUGUGGAGGAGAGUAGCAUAAUGAUUGUGGAGGAGCAAAGCGUCUGCUCCGAUUCCACCGUGACCCCGCAGACCCCAACCUCCGCCAUCAGCCUGAAACCGAUGCUUCACUAUGACGAUGCCAGCGAUGAAGAUGAGGAGGAAGAGCCAGCCAAGCCGACUAAGAACCUCUUCCGGAGCAGACGCCGUGGUUCGAUUGCCCCGCUGCCGGCGCUCCGGCUCAACGACAAGGAGAUGAUGGCGAACGACUUCGACACGCAGAGCGUGCUGAGCAAUCAGAACUCGAUCACCAGCAUCAAUUCGCUGGCGAGUUUGCUCAAGGAGAAGAUGCAGAACGUCCCGGCCAUGAUCCGCAAGAAGAAGCGCGAAACCAAAGACUACAAGCUGCGCUGCUUUGUCGGCAUGCUGUUUCUUAUCAUCGUAUUUCUCGUCGGCUACGCGUACGUCAUGUACAACCAGAAGCUGCUGGCCAAGUCGUACUUCGAGAGCGUCAAGCUGCACAAAAAGACGCGCGGGCUGAGGAUUUUGGACCCGAAGGGGAAUGACCUGCUGACGGGGCUGCUCGGCAUUGGGAUGAACAUCGACAAGCCGUACAACUGUUUGGUGAAGGAUUUGCGGGACGAUGGCAGCGUGUGCUACGAGUGGAACUCGAAGGCACGGUUGUACAUGAACCUGGAGAAGACGACCUCGCCGGAGAUCAAGUGCUACAGCUUUAGCUGGGAAACGCUGGUGGAUGGGUACUAUCCGACCGAUUGCUUCGACAUUGGGGAGGAUCGUGGCUAUUGGUACGGGGGAGGUUUGACCAAGGGGAUUGACUACCCACUGGGGAAGGCGUCGUUUGACUUUGCUCCGUUUGUUACUGGGGACAUCAACAUCCAUCAGUGGGGCAAUGCUGUGAAGAGGUACUUUUUGAACUCGAAGGGUGUGGCUAUUAAGGUUGAUGAAAGGACGCCACUGUAUGUGAGCUUCAACCAUAGGAACAAGAAUCGGUUCUGUUUGCAAGGUCGUCACGAUAACUUCGCUUUCGUAAAUCGGUUGUCGAAAUAUCCUGAACUGAAGUAUCAGAUUUGCACGGGGCCUGAUAUGAAGAGCGUACACAACAAUCUCACGCAGAAGAGUCUGUGGGAUGGAUUGACCGAGAAUGACAACACGAUCAUCAAGUCUCUGCUGAGGGAACCGGUGUGGCAGAUUCCUGCCUCGAGUCAGGCAGAACUCACUGAAACGACCAUCUACAAUUACACGGAAAAUGUAAUCGCUUCUGGGUACCUGCGACUAGGCCACGUGCUCAUCAACGAGUACUGGCAGAAGAACAUUGGUGAUUUCCAGCUGGACCCGGAACGAUUCCCCACACUGGCUGACACGGUCAAAAUCCUUCACCGACGAGGCUUCCGAAUCUCACUCUCUGUUCAACCGUUCAUCAGCACUGAAAGCAGCAACUUCCUGGAAGCAGUCAGUGAGAGACUGUUGAUUCACGAGCGUGAAUCGGAACGCAGCAUUCCGGCGUUGACCCGGUACAAGAGCUUGGCCAGCGCUGGCGUGCUGGACAUCACAAACAACGAAACCGUGCCGUGGCUACGCAACCAACUGGCCAAACUCAGCGAAACCAUCGGAAUUGAUUCGUUCUACGUGGAUUUUGGUAACGCGUUUAACGUCCCUCGUUACUACCAGUGCUCGACCACGUUGAAAAACCCCGACCAGUACAAAACCUUCUUCAUGGAUCGCUUCGAAGCCAAUCUCAACAUUUUCGGAGUCUCAAGUGCCAUCUCCGUGCCGCGUCCUCCAGCCUUCCUCAGCCUUCCACCGGUCAACAGUUCCUGGAGCGGCCUCCAAACCAUCAUCCCAACCGUGCUCUCGUACGGCGUGAUCGGCUAUCCCUUCAUCAUGCCCGGCCCAGUCGGGGGAGACUUCCUGCUCCCAACGGAAAAACUCCCCAAAAUGUACUCAUUCUAUCCGCUCGAGUUCCCACCCCUCCCCGAGCAGGAACUGUACAUCCGAUGGCUGCAAAUCGCCACAUUCCUGCCAGUUCUGCGCUUCACCCACCUCCCGUCGGAGUACCGAAACGAUUCGGUAACGGAAAUCGCCAAGGAGCUGGCCGCAAUCCGGCAGAAAACGAUCGUCCCCAUGCUGGAGCAGUAUUCCAGCGUGGCGAUGGACGAGGGACUGCCCAUCAUCCGGCCGCUCUGGAUGAUGGACGCCACCGACGUGAACUGCCUGUUCAUCGACGACGAGUUCUCGAUCGGGGACGGCAUGAUCGUGGCGCCGAUUCUGUACCGGUCGGACACCAGUCGGGAAGUGUACCUCCCGCAAGGCGUCUGGAAGGACGGCAUCGACGGUUCGCUGCGCAAGGGAAACCGCUGGAUCCACAACUACCACGUGCCCCAGAACAAGGUCGCGUACUUUGUCAAGAUGCCGGACAAUACCCGCUUCUAGGAGUGUGGAGGGGUAUUUACCUACUAGUGACGUAAACAAAGCAUUCUCAAAACCCUUCCCAAAAAAUAAGCCACUCGGAGAUUUCGGUGAUUUUAUCGGGGUUCAUAAUUUAUUAAAUGCUCCUUUUUUUAAACGCGCGCAGCUCCAACUAAUACGCGGUAUUACACUCUGUACGGCGAUGUGAUUAAUGUUUUUAAGUAACAAGUAUUAAUAGCUAGAGACGCGUAUGAGUUUGCUGCUGCAGUAGCGACGACUAUUCAUACUAGUAAAGUAAUACUUUUAUUUUUAAAUACAGUUCUGUAAAUAUAUAAAUGUAUACAAAUAAAAAGUAAAAAGUU